AGAAAUGCGACGUUCCUCGAGCCACAUCUCCAGGGCGUAAGAAGACGCGACAGUAGAAGUUCAGACUCAGAUCACGAUGAACGCUCCACAGAAGACGACGAGAGGUCCUUGCUUCGAAGUUCACCACGAACAAGGCUGCCCCCUCCUCCACCGCCGCCGCCUGACGACGACCCACCACCAUUAAAGCCUCGAGAAUUCUUUGAAAGACUUCAAACUCAAGCGAUGAGGGAAGCUCAAGAAAGAAAACAUAGAUCAAGAGACCUACCAAUCAAAGACUCUAACCAACUCUUCAGACCGGUUGACGCUGACGGUAGUCUAGGAGACAGCCUCAGUCAGAGUCGAGAAAGUCUAUCAUCAGACGGAGAAGGUGCUCGAGGUGACUGUUCCUCCGUCGAUUCUUCAGGAUCAGGGUCUGAAGAACAGCCACCAUGCGACAUCGGACUGCUGGAGAGGCUGAUACGGACACACCCUGUGUGGUUCCUACCAGGCAUUCAGAGGGCAGGCGCCUUCCAUUUACUUCAAGGAAAAGAAGAAGGAAACUUCGUAGUACGACAGUCAAGUCAGCCAGAUACAAUGGCCAUCAGUGUCCGCUUGCCGGCAGACAAAGGGCCCUACAUCGAGCACUACUUAAUUCAGGCUUCAGGAGGCCGCAUCGGACUGGAGACAUCACAUAACCGCUUCGAUAACAUACCUGAACUGAUUGCACAUUACUCUCAAUGCUGUGACGAGUUACCAGUGCAGCUACAAUUACCUCGCCCUUCGAGAGGCAAAAAGCCGUCAUCAACUAAGUUCCUUAGCUCUUCUAGGACAAGAGUUCUGGGGUUACCCGAUGGCAAACCCGAAGAACAAUCCGAACAAUCCUCUCUCUCCAUGUCAGCUGGCCAAUGGUGUUGUUCCCAUGGCUGUCACGCCGUCUGAUACGGGAUCUAGUCUUAGCAGCUUUAAUGCCAGUACCCGAACAAACUCCCGUGAACACAUUCUCAGCCCUGACAAGGAUCAAAACGUAGUGCUUAAGAUGUCUCCAAUCGAUACGUCAGGUUCCCCACCGAGUCAAAAUUCGAACCUCAGCACAUUCAAAGGGAAAACAGCUCCAUCACCACCGGCUAAACCCAACAGCGCAUUCAUCAGAGCGCCUAGACCGACCCCACCAAACACAUUGAACCUAAUGUCUAGUACUAAUAUGAUGCACCGUAUGUCGCCAGAAGGAGAGUGCAUCAAUGCAAUGACAGCUAGUUUGCACGGAAGCUUCAAACGUCAAAUGACUGAGCAGAAUAAUGUUGAGCCUGGAUCGCCAGUAGAACAACAAUCUCAGACAAAUACAUCUGAUUCGGUGGACCCGAUCGUAAACAGUUUAACUAAAUCAGGCAGCACAUUUGCUCCUAAUCAACUCGUGUCACCUAAUGGCACAAACUCAGUAACUAGUGGAAUAUUUUCGCCAACAAGUCAAAUCAAUUCUCCUGUUUCUAACGACACAAUCUCUUCUAAAAGCGGAGUCUUUUCUCCUAUGAGUCAAACAAACAAAAGUGAAAUAUUCUCACCGAUAUCUAGAAGUUCUCCGAUAUCAGCGAAAAAUGUAUUUUCCCAACAUCCAAUCAGUCAAUUAUAUCUCCCGUUAUGGGUAAAGAUCGUGAUAAAGUUAUGUCUCCAAAUACGAAUACAGCAAGUACCACACCAUCUGGUAGAUCAAGAAGGAGUAAGCACUCCCACCGAAAGGAGUCCAGACAUUACCAGGAAUCAGAUAUCUUAGAAUCUCCAGGUGUGUACUGCCGAAGUUCUUUGAUGGACAAAGUAUCAGACUAUGAAGAUAUUUGGGGACCGGAAAGUAACAGCUGUUCUACUUUCAAACCAUUGAAACCCGAAAACGAAAACAACAUUCAUAAUGGUCUGAUGAAAAGUAAAAGGCCUGAUCUUUUGCCAGACACUUUACCCAAGCUUAAUGCGGCCAAAAGUACGCAAUCCAUUUUAGAGAAAGAAAACAUACAUUUAAUCAAUUCGACGGAAAGUCUGAAUGAAAGAAAACUCUCUCAGAUGGCUCUUUGAAGAAAAGUUUUAAGGGUUCCAGUGAAAUCAUAGCAACUACAAACAGCAAGGGAGAAAUUAUACCAAAGAGGCCGGACAGACUUAACAUAGCUAUGAAUAUGAACAAAAAAUUGACUGAAGAGAUUGAAGCUGUAGUUAAAAAUAGAGAGAAUUACAGCAUUGAAAGUAUGGAGACAAUUAAAAUAGAAGAUGAGAAUGUUCUUAAUUCUAUGGGCGAGGAAUCUGAAAAGGAUAAUGCUGGCAGCCCCUUCUACGCUGAUCCUGUAGAUGCUUUAAAGGAAGCUGCCUUGCCUCAAGUGCAACGACGAAAGCUUUUAAGAGUAGGAAUGAAUUUGUCACAACGCUACUCGGAACCACCUACACAAAACCAUCCGUACUAUCCGCUGCGCGAUAUGCAUAGUAUUGAGGAACUUUCUCCAUCAUCACCAACCACAUCAUCUUCGGUGGACAACCUGAUGUCUCUGCGCAGCAAACCCAAAAUGAAACCAGUGCAGCCUCCACGUAUCGCGAACAAGCCACCCUCAGGCAAGAACGACCAGACUUGGACCGUUGAUUCCAGUUGGGAGUUUAUAAAUAAAAACGAUGAAGGUGCAAAUAGUGAGAGUGGUACCUUCCCUUCGCUGGCUGAGCAAGAGUGUCGGCUGAGUGCAGUCGAUGACGGAACUCAACACUUGACUGUUCAUCAAGUUGUUGCACAAAGAUUGCCUGAUUUGAGACUGAAUGCAGAACCGACGAUGUUGCCUGAAGAAGUGAGAUCACCACCAAGAGCUUCGUGCUAUGAUAACGUUCAUGAUCUGAGACCUUUGUCGGAACAGGCAAGCGACGAUGGAACAGUGUUCUCCGAACCUUGGGACAGUUCGCAGUGGGACGGAUUGAUACCUCCAUCUAAUGGACAUCAACUUUAUGAUACGGAGGAGCCUUGUGAAUGGGAGUCACCUAUUCCGAGGAGGGGGCCGACUGUUGCCACGAGGGCAAAGAGUUUCAGAGACCGACUGGAUCCUCUCUUAGCGGCUGGUAGAGUGCGUGCCUUACGCGGCGGUCGUCAAACUCGCGGCGCAGGCGCUGCGCUGCGUGCGUACGCGCUUCAUCUUGCGCAAGACAAGAGCACAACUUUUGCGCAGAACAUCGACAACUUUAUCGCUUGCACUCUUGAUUCUAAGGAUACAAGCCCACAGGUGAUGAUGAGAAAUAUGAGGCAGUUCAUGUCAGGAAUGAAGAACUACCUGGUCAAACAUGGUGAGAGAGAGUUUGAGAAAGAGGUAGAAAAGGAACGACUGAAGCUGAAACCAACGGAGUUCCUGAACUUAGAUGCUAUAUUAGAGGGUGUGAUGCAUCGGUUGGUGGUACGUCCAUUGCGCGCGCGGCUCUACACUCUCCUGGCAGCGUGGCACUCUGCUGAUGUGCGUCGUCUACACGCCGCCAUUGAACGAGCACAGCAUGCUACACCUUUGCAGCUAGGAAUUAAGGAAUCUACUAAAGUACCAUCAUCAGCAGUAUUAGCAGUGAUCUCGAAGCAUUUCCUCAAGAUGCAGGAGGCUGACUCUCCCCUGGAUAAGCUAGAGAAUCUCCUGGCAGCUAUAUCAGUUAUGUUCAAUGCUAUUCGAGGUGAACGCAGUGUAGGAGCAGAUGAUCUGCUGCCAGUUUUGGCGUGGACUAUUGCCAGGAGCCGACUGGUCUGUGCUGAGCUAGAGGCAGAGCUGAUGGCUGGACUGUUACCAGCUGCAUUGUUAGCUGGAGAAGGAGGUUAUUACUUAACGGCUAUGUUUUCCGCCGUGGCUGUCUUGAAGAGACUUGCUCCUGAACCGCAGCCUGAUAGCACUACGCCUCAGUGGCGUCGAGGCUCAGUAGACAACAAUAGAGAGCAGCAUUCAGUAGCAGUGGUACGAGUAGUCUUACCGGAUGAGUGCCGUGGGUCUAUACGGCGUGUCCCAGUGCCGUGCCGACCCGGCGCACGCGCAAGGGACCUAUGUCGAGCGCUUGCGCAUGCCGCCGCCAUUACCAACCCACAGGAUUACGCUUUAUUUGCGUUACAUGAUGGACAUGAGACUAUGCUGAACGAGAAUGACUGCCCACAAGAAGUAAUGUCGGAGAAGACUGGGCAGAACUUCACACUGGCCUACAGAAGAAUAGACGCUAAGAUCGCCUGGCCGCAGCAGGCACUACUCUCUUACCCCUAG